AUGGAAUUUCAGCGUGGCUCUGAUGAACCAACGAACAAAUGGGAAGUUCUCGCGAAAGACGACGCCCAUCAAGCGUGGAUUUGGAAUAUGACAAUUGACACGGACCAUAGUUUCUAUACGACUUCUUGGGAUUCAACACUUAAAAAGUGGAAUUUGGGAGAAGCUGCAAUAACUGAGCAAAAUUGUAUAAAUUUGGGAACGGCUGUGCAUUGUGUCGCACUCACAAACCGCAAUGAGAUUCUCGCGACGACGUUUGGCAAAAAAUUGUGCAUUGUGGAUCCGAGGACGUUCACGAUUUCUGCUGAGCAUAAUUUCCAUAAGCGAGCUGUCAUUGGAUUGGCGGUUCAUGGGGAUAUGAUAUACACAACUGGCGAAGAUAAACUUCUGAUGAUGGUUGAUCGAAGAAUGAUGAACAAAAUUUUUAGAUAUCACUACACUAAUCAUGGAUACAUUCCUUGUGUCUCGUAUAAAACUGGUCAGUUAUUGUGUGCUACUUCAAAAGGUUACGUCGACUUGCAUGAUGCUGAGAGCUUGAAUGUUAUUCAUAGCUAUAAAGUUGGUGUAUAUACUAGACAAGUAAUGGCUGAUGAUGGUGCUCAAUUAGUGCUUCAUAAAAGUCAAAGUUUUCAAUUUAGUGCGUAUAAUCCGGGCUUGCAUAAUUCGAUUAUAAAUUUGUCAAAUGUUUUUGAAAUUGAGCCGUCGAAAUUUGAUUUUUCACCUUCCUCGGAAAUUCUUGUUAUUGGCAAUGGCGACAGCUCGCUGGUAUUUUAUGGAAAUGCAAUCGAAUAA